GGCCGGGGGCCGCUCCCGGAGCCCGGACGGCGGGCAAGGACCGGCUUGGCGGCGGCUGCCCCACCGCCCGACCCCGGGGGCUCCGCCAUGGCAAUGACGGGCCCGACUCCCUGCUCGUCCAUGAGUAACCACACGAAGGAGCGUGUCACCAUGACAAAAGUGACAUUAGAGAAUUUCUACAGCAACCUCAUUGCCCAGCACGAAGAACGGGAAAUGAGGCAAAAGAAACUGGAAAAAGUGAUGGAAGAAGAAGGUUUAAAGGAUGAAGAGAAGCGACUCCGGAGAUCUGCACACGCCCGCAAGGAAACUGAGUUUCUUCGUUUAAAGAGAACAAGGCUUGGCCUGGAAGAUUUUGAAUCUCUAAAAGUAAUAGGCAGAGGAGCCUUUGGAGAGGUGCGGCUCGUUCAGAAGAAAGACACGGGGCACGUGUACGCGAUGAAAAUUCUACGCAAAGCGGACAUGCUUGAAAAAGAGCAGGUCGGCCACAUUCGUGCGGAGCGGGACAUUCUAGUGGAGGCAGACAGUUUGUGGGUUGUGAAAAUGUUCUAUAGUUUUCAGGAUAAGCUAAACCUCUACCUAAUCAUGGAGUUCCUGCCCGGAGGUGACAUGAUGACUUUAUUGAUGAAGAAAGACACCCUGACAGAAGAGGAGACCCAGUUUUAUAUAGCGGAGACGGUGUUAGCUAUCGACUCGAUUCAUCAGCUUGGGUUUAUCCACCGAGACAUCAAGCCAGAUAACCUGCUCUUGGACAGCAAGGGCCACGUGAAGCUGUCCGACUUCGGCCUCUGCACGGGCCUGAAGAAGGCGCAUAGGACUGAAUUUUAUAGGAACCUAAACCACAGCCUUCCCAGUGACUUCACUUUCCAGAACAUGAAUUCCAAAAGGAAGGCGGAGACGUGGAAAAGAAACCGCCGCCAGCUAGCCUUCUCCACGGUUGGCACCCCGGACUACAUCGCCCCCGAGGUCUUCAUGCAGACGGGCUACAACAAGCUGUGCGAUUGGUGGUCCCUCGGGGUCAUCAUGUACGAGAUGCUCAUCGGUUACCCGCCCUUCUGCUCCGAGACCCCCCAAGAGACCUACAAGAAAGUGAUGAACUGGAAAGAAACUCUGACCUUCCCUCCGGAGGUGCCCAUCUCGGAAAGAGCCAAGGACCUCAUUCUGAGGUUUUGCUGUGAGUGGGAACACCGGAUCGGAGCCCCCGGAGUAGAGGAGAUCAAGAGCAACCUUUUCUUCGAAGGCGUCGACUGGGAGCAUAUCAGAGAGCGACCUGCUGCCAUAUCCAUUGAGAUCAAGAGCAUCGAUGACACCUCCAACUUCGAUGAAUUUCCAGAAUCUGAUAUACUUAAGCCGACAGUGGCCACCAGCAACCACCCAGAGACCGACUACAAAAACAAAGACUGGGUCUUCAUCAACUACACGUACAAGCGCUUCGAGGGGCUCACUGCCCGGGGGGCCAUCCCGACUUACAUGAAGGCAGGAAAGUAGCGUGAGCCUGGGGUCUGUGCCCCCGUCCCCCGUACCCCCCGUGCGGCUCCCCUGAGCGGCGGAGCUCGACCCUGGCUAUGGAUUCGGGGCUCCCCCCCCCACUCCCCAUCCCAGACCCUCUCACUAGGGCUAUGGGCUCCUAACGGGUCUGCGGGGCCCAGGAUGCGGACCCGAGCGCAGAUUUUGAGCAGCGUGAUACUGAAACGGACCUUCUGCCGCCGCCGCGGCCAGCGGGGGAGACCACUGGAGGUCCUCAAGAAGCGCAGCGGGUGCCCGGCCCCCACAUACCAAAACCCUUCCUUUUUUCCGAAGUCCACCCGCGGCGUCCGAGGGAAGGAGGGACCCGGCGGGUCUCCCCAGGCGGGCGGCGUGUCCGGCCCGGCCCCCGAGGAGAUGAAGCAAUAAUGGAAGCUUGAGGCUCCGGCUUUCCCGCCUCCUCUCCCCACCGCCCUGCGUCUCGCCGGCCCUCUCAGGAGGCUUUUCCCGGCUCCCCUCCUCCUUCCAUCCCCCCGGCACCCCUGCUCCCAGCGUGCACUUUACUGAAGGUACUAGGGACGGGCCCCUCAGACCCCUUCUCCUUUUCUUCUCGAACGAAGCUGCUUGGGUGGGUUGAUGUCGUAGGGACGAGCGGGACCCCCCAAGCAGCCGCGGGAAGGUGUGCGCUGUGGGGGACACCAUUACCCAUACCGGAGCGCCCAGAGCUUCCUGGCAGGCAGCGAGCUGGCCCGGAGCAGUGCCCCCAUCCCCGCCCGACACUGGACCCCCUAACCUUCAGGGCCCCGGGGAGGACUGGUGGCUUCCGUCACCUACGUUGGCCUCCAUUCGAGGGAAGGGGAGGAAGCCAGGUUACCCCAGGGGCCUCCUAAACGCCCACCUGCCCUCGCCUCUUCGGCAGAAAUUGUGCUUCUUGUCUGACGCCUCCCUGGGGGCAGCCUCCAUUCUGUUGGGAUUCUCCGAAACGCAGGAGCCGCAGGCCCCGGAACCCGGGGGGUGUGCGCCAACGCGUUGUUCCUUCGUAACGGGGAGGGGGGCUGCCCUCCACGCGAGCCCCCCAGCUCAGCACCAAGUGCCUUCCGGUCCCGGCCCCCCGGCCACCGCUGUCACCUCCCGAGAGGCCUCGGGGGGUUGGAGCAGCCCAGGGUUCCCCGAACCCGCCUCGUCGGCAUCGUCUUCAUUUUUUUAAAAAGGAAACUUUUGAUAAUUCUUAAAGCAUUAUUUGCACCUAGUUGGUAAUUCUUCCUGCGCAGACAGGGCUAAUAGGCUCCAUUGUGCUGGAGACUUUUGAAAAUGACUGGUCUUCUUUUGGAGGGGGAGGGAGGGUGGUAUUUUUUUUUUUAAGAAAAGAAACAGCCUACCAGCCUAACCGGUGCAAAGAGGAAAAGCCCUGGGAGAGUUGGAAGUCAGGAGAAAGGGCAGGUGCACCUGCUUGGCUUUAAGGCCCAUUCUUUGGACAAAGUACUAAGCGCUCGGGUGUCGUUGGACCUCUGAUGGGGAACAGGCGCUGGCCACCGGGGUGUCCAAGUCGUCUGCUGCACUGCGGUGCCUCAGGGGCGAGGGCAGCGGUGGGGACCCCCUACGGAUCCCCCCCCUUCUGAUGGCUCUCCUGGGAGCGGUGUCGUGCAGAUGAAAAAGGAUGCCCCCCAAGAGGACAGAGGGACCCUGGGAGGGGGCGACUGCUGCUGAAGAAGGGGAAAUUAAGAUGGUUAGGAUUUCAGCAUCAGUGAUGUGGAAAGGGCAGUGAAAGGCUGGGCUGUGUGCUUUGGAGUCUGAGCGAGCUCUUCUGCCUGGCCAUCCCUCCGUGAGGGAUGUGACAAUUGUCUCCAGAGACAAUGUGGGCCGUACAUGGCCACCGGUUGCGGGUGGGGGCUAUCCAGUAACCAACUUCUCCAUCCAGCCCCGAACAGAACAGCUCCCUGGAGCCCCAUCUUCCCUUCCCACCCCGCGCCAAGGCCUCUGGUCCAGGAGUCACACUUGCCCGGUGCUUCCAGCCUGUCGCCCCCCUUCUUUCCCAAAGGCCCUUUGGCCGGCAGAAGGGCAGAAUCCGGGGGAGGCGUCCCACAGUCGUUGCCGCUUUUGUGAAGACUUGGGCCGUGGCUUGUGUAGUGUAGUGGCGGGAGAGGGUGGUGUGGUUUUUUUCAAAUAGCACAAUAAAAGCCCCUUUGCCUCUGU